AUGGCUUCUGAAGAAUCCAUCGGUUUUGCGCAAUCGGCUGCCGGAAGAUUAUCAGAGAUCGGAGAAAGAAGUAGAAAUUUGGGCACUGCGAUACAAGAUCCUGAACGCCAGAGGAGAAUAGUAUUAGUUAUUGUUUGCGUUGCACUGUUACUGGACAACAUGCUUUACAUGGUGAUAGUGCCAAUUAUACCUGAUUACCUUGAAACUUUGGAGCGUCAGGCAGAGCAUGCCCAUCCCGUGUUGCACACAAACAACUCAAAUGGCACGACGCACAUAGUCGCCAAGGAAAAUUUUGAUGUGGAAAUUGGCGUUCUGUUCGCUUCCAAGGCCAUUUUGCAACUCAUGGUCAAUCCACUGACAGGGACAUUUAUUGACCGUGUUGGGUAUGACAUUCCACUUCUGAUCGGACUCUCUAUCAUGUUCUGUUCCACCUGUAUAUUCGCGUUUGCUGAGAACUAUUGGACUUUGUUUGCAGCUCGGAGUUUACAAGGUUUGGGAUCUGCGUUUGCAGAUACGUCCGGACUUGCCAUGAUCGCUGACAAAUACACGGAGGAGGCAGAGAGGACUCGCGCGCUUGGAAUUGCCCUGGCCUUCAUAUCCUUCGGGAGUCUGGUUGCGCCCCCGUUUGGUGGAGUACUUUAUGAGUUCGCGGGGAAGAGGGUGCCGUUCCUCGUCCUCGCUUGCGUCUGUUUUGCAGAUGGCUUGUUGUGCCUCACGGUGCUCAAGCCAUUUUCCAGCAACGCCCGGGAAAACAUGCCAGUGGGCACCCCCAUUUACAAACUGAUGGUUGAUCCGUACAUAGCUGUAGUAGCAGGGGCACUGACCACCUGUAACAUCCCCCUGGCCUUUCUGGAACCCACCAUCGCUAAUUGGAUGGAGGAAACCAUGAACUCUACCCAGUGGGAAAUUGGACUAACGUGGCUACCGGCGUUCUUUCCGCACGUCCUUGGUGUUUACAUGACUGUGAAGUUAGCAGCCCAGUAUCCCCACUUACAGUGGUUCUACGGGGCAUUGGGCAUGGUCAUUAUUGGUGCAAGUUCCUGCACCGUGCCAGCAUGCAAAACCUUCGGGCAACUCGUCUGGCCAUUGUGUGGCAUAUGCUUUGGCAUUGCGCUGGUGGACACCGCGUUAUUGCCAACUCUUGCGUUUCUUGUAGAUGUGCGUCACGUGUCUGUUUAUGGUAGUGUGUACGCUAUUGCAGAUAUAUCCUACUGUGUGGCCUAUGCUCUUGGUCCAGUAGUGGCGGGAAAGAUAGUGCACGACCUAGGCUUUGUACAACUGAAUCUAGGAAUGGGGCUCGCCAAUGUCCUUUACGCACCGGCUCUGCUGCUGCUGCGCAAUGUAUGCUUCAUGAAACCAUCCCACUCAGAGAGAAACAUUUUGAUAGAGGAGGGGGCAACGGGCCUCUACGAUGCUAUUAAAAUGGAAGAACGCCAAAACAAGAGCCAGCCGCUUAGCUCAGUGGGUAACUGUGUGCCAGUUGAUGAAAAUGGCUCUUUUGGUGCGCAUCCAAUAGCAUAUUCCGAGGACAGACAGGAGGACACACUAGAACCAGAGCGCAUAUAA